AUGCAUACUAAGCAAGACUCUGACCGGAAAUGGGGGCCCAUUCUCAUCGUGGGCGGUUCUGGCCGCCUCGGUUACUUCAUUGCUCGGGACCUCCUGCAGCAGCCUGAAUGCAGCCGCGUAAUCUCAAUCAGCCGGACGCCAGCAGUAAUGCACCGCUGCGAGGGUGUUGAGUACAGAGUAGCCGACAUCCGAGACAGCGAGGCCGUUGCCGCCAUCAUGGCAGAGGUUCAGCCAGAAACCAUCAUCAACUCGGCCUCUCCGCCUCACACCGUCGAGACUGUCACCUCAAAGGCCGACUUUGAAGAGUUCUUUGGCGAGACCCAAGACAAACUAGUGGCAGCGGCUCGCAGAUUUGGAACCAAGUAUUUUGUUUUUACGUCAUCUUCAUGCGUCAUCGAGGGCUACAACCACUACGACGCGGACGAAAAAGCACCCAUGUGGCCAGAGAACUCCAAGGCUUAUCCGUACUGGGUCCAGCGUGCCAAAAUGGAAAAACGUCUUUUGGCCGCGGACUCGCCCGAACUGCAAUUCGUGGCCCUCCGCCUGCCCCUUAUCAUCGGGGAGAGGGACUAUGCCUUCGUGCCGUCGAUGGUCAAGGCGUUUGAAGACGGCCAGACAGGAUUUCAGAUUGGGAGCGGCCACGGAAAGCUCACGACCGUCUCGGCCGACGACGCAGCGAGGGGGCAUGUCCUGGCUCUGCGGGGGCUCAUGAGGCCCGGGAACGACGUGCACGGCGAGGCAUUUUACAUUAUAGGCAAGAAGCCCGUGAUCUCGUUCCCGGCAAUGGCGCGCGUGGUCUGGGUCGAGGUGGGUUGGAAACCGUCACCACCGUCCUUCACAAUGCCCGAGUGGGCGGCCAAAUUCUUAGUGGCGGCUUACGAGACGCUCAUAUGGCCAUUUGGGGUCACUCCACUACUAACCAGUCAUAUGUUGAGCAUCAUGUGCAAUACUUGGACCUACAACGAUACCAAAGCGAGGGAACGGUUAGGAUACAUGCCCAAGGACGACACGGUAGAUGCACUGAGGAAGGGGACUAGAUGGUUCCUGGAAAGCCGGGACGAGCACCGACAGAGCGAACCAAAUCGCACCUGA